ACGUGUGUCAGUUCCUGGUCUAUAGGAGCCACUGUCUGGACGACAACAGCUGGAGCCUGGUGGAGCAUCACCCACUACUGGGCCUCGGUGUGUGCUUGUGUGUGGGUCUGUCUGGUGUGUGUGUAUGUGCAUCAAGUGUGUUAAGGUUGGGGACGAUCCUAGCUACCUAAAAACUUCAAUAACAUAAAAUCCACACUUCUGUUCUACCUUUUAUGACUUUUAGGUGAGUUUCUUCCCUCUUAUUCGCUAUCCUGUUUUCCUAUUUCCUAUUUGUACUGACUGUUACUGGGAUAGAAGACUGGUUUAUACUAGGUAGAGCAUCGUCAUUUCUGGAAAAACUGUAUUGGAAAGAUGGAAUGUGAGAUGAGAGCAGAGAAAGGGAAGGAUGGAGAAAGUAGAGAGAAGGAGAGGGGGAAGGGUGCUGAGGUGGGUGUCAGUAUCAGCCGUUGGUCGAGCCCCCAGACAGCUCAGCUCUCUCCCUCUACUUAAACAGGACAUUUCUCUGCCAGACGCCAGGACAGAGUGGCGCAGAUAUACAGACACCUUGAGCUCCAUGUUAGCCAGCACUGAAGCAAGAGCGUUGUCUGGAGGACCAUGAGUUGGUGGUUCAGGUUCAAGCCUCUAUGCCCAGUGACAGUAAAUUCCUCUUCAGGAAGAACUAUGACAAGUAUGAGUUCUUCAGGAAUCCCUUGAACUUCUUCCCGGAGCAGAUGGUGGCGUGGUGUCAGGAAUCUAACGGCUCCAUCCCCCACUCACAGCUCUUACAGAACUUCCUAAACUCCAGCAGCUGUCCGGAGGUGCAUGGGUUCCUCUAUCUGAAGGCAUCAGGGAGGAAAUCCUGGAAGAGACUCUCCAUGUUCCUCAGACGCUCUGGACUUUACUACUCCACUAAAGGAUCCUCCAAGGAGCCCAGACACCUCCAGUUGUUGUCAGACCUGGAGGACAGUAGUGUGUUCACAGUGACAACAGGGAGGAAGCUGCACAACGCCCCCACAGACUACACGUUCUGUAUCAAGCCCAGUAAGGUGAGGAGUGAGUGCAAGGAGCUGAGGAUGCUGUGUGCCGAAGAUGAACAGAGCAGAACCUGCUGGAUGACUGCCUUCAGACUCUUAAAGUAUGGAAUAUUACUGGAUCAGAACUACAAGAGUCCCCAGCAAAGGAAGUCUCCGGUCCCACAUUUCUCUACUCCUGUGCGGAGUGUGUCUGAGAACUCUCUGGUGGCCAUGGACUUCUCUGGCAGGACGGGACGCGUCAUAGAGAACCCUCUGGAAGCAGUGAGCGCCGCUGUGGAGGAGGGACAGACAUGGAGGAAACGGGGUCAGCGUAUGAAGGCUCUUGGCAGCCCCAGCCCCCUCCAGCCCUCUUCUCUCAGCUCAGUGAUCCACAGAACACAGCUAUGGUUCCGUGGUCGCAUCAGGAGAGAAGAGUCCCACAAGAUGAUCAUGCAACAAGGACAAGUAGACGGGUUGUUCCUGCUGAGAGACUGCCAGAGUAACCCCAAGGCGUUUGUCCUGACCCUGUGCCACCACCAGAAGAUCAGACACUUCCAGAUCCUACCGUGUGAGGAGGAAGGUCAGAUGUCCUUCAGUCUGGACGACGGCUCCACCAAGUUCACAGACCUGAUCCACCUUGUGGAGUUCUACCAGCUCAACAGAGGGGUGCUGCCUUGCAAACUCAAACACCCCUGCACUGCUGUGGCCUUGUGACCCUUCACCCCUGACCUCUGACCCCUGAACCAUGAUCUCUACCCCCUGGUCUCACUACACCACCCCCUGUCUGCAGUUAAAUUCUCUACCCCUCGUUCUCUCGUUCGUCAUGGAUUUAAAGGGAAGGAAUGAAGGAAGCUGAUGGCAUAUGCUCACUUUUAAAAAUGAGUGGGAGUAAGCAAGUCCACAUUUUAGAGAGAGGGGUGGGGUAUUCAAACCUUGCCACGCACAAGGACGGACAGACAAACAUAUGUGGUGAACUAUCGUGUUCUAUGGAUAUCUAUGGAUCCAACUAAGCCCGUUUCCUUCUCCUUCAUCCACCUCAGAUAGACAGACGGACAAGGGGGCUGGGCUCCCCUCACUUCCUUAAUGAUCAUCAGGGAUAGACAUGGAUCGAAUCGAUCACAACAAUCGACAAUAUCUCAAAUCAAUAUGUGCAGUACAGUCUUUAUAAGCUGAUCACCUGACGCUUCAUGCUACCUGGGGAGCUGAUGUUGCCUGGGAGGCAUCCUACUCUUCCUCUGCUAUACUUACUGGACCAACCAUCCAACUAACUCACCGAGACUUUAUACAGGGCCCUAGGAGGAGAAAAAGAAAACUCCAAAAAGAAAACUCCUUUCAAACAAACGGCCAAGACGUUUGUUUGAAAGGGCAGAUGAAUGUUUGAGGUGGGGACUUCCCUGUCAGAGCUGAUGACAUUGUAUUACUGUUGUAGAACUAUUUGCACUUCUGAACAGACAGCCGACAGUUCUCUUCUGAGCUGGAUGAAGCUGAACGCUCCUUCUCAACCUCCUCUUCCUCCUUUCUUUCUUCUCCUCUUGUCCUUCUCCUCUUUCUACUCCUACUCCUCUUUCCUGCGUGAAAAAUCCCAGCCUACUGAUUGGAUUAGCAUUGCGUUGGACAGGACUGAGAGGUAUGGCUGAGCGUGCCCUUGCCAUGCUAUUGGGAAAGGUGACAGCUAGGCGGCUCUGCUCCUGAAAUCCUCACCAACCUUUUCAUUCCUACUCCGUUCGGCUCCAUCUGAUCCCAUCAGAACAUUUAGAAAACCAUUACCAUUCCCUGGAAUCAGACGGAAAGUUCAGAGUGUUGAUAACGGGACAGAGGGAAGAGGAGGAGAAGUCUCACAUAGGUCCCCGGAAAACCUGCCCCCUGCACUGUCACUUGAAACUGUCAAGAGUUAAAACUGGAGUCUUUCAGGCUAUGUUCCAAUGUCCACACUAAUAUUGCACUUAGAACAUAUCUCCAAGACCUUGUUACACUCUUAGUAGUGUGCUAGUGUGCUAGUGUAACAGUAUAACUUUAGGCCGUCCCCUCGCCCAAACCCAGGUGCGAACCAGGGACCCUCUGCACACAUCAACAACAGUCACCCUCGAAGCAUCGUUACCCAUCGCUCCACAAAAGCCGCAGCCCUUGCAGAGCAAGGGGAACCACUACUUCAAGGUCUCAGAGCAAGUGACGUCACCGAUUGAAACGCUAUUUAGCGCGCACCGCUAACUAAGCUAGCCGUUUCACAGCCGUUACACUAGUACUGUAUGUGGGUAUUGGAACAGAACCUCAUCACAGCCAGACUGUAUUUUAUUAAUGUCAAUCAGUGUUCUCCAAGUCAGUUGUACGCUUCUCACUGCACAGUCAGCACGAUGCUGUGUUUAAAUACUAUUUGAAAUCAUUUCAAAUAUACUAUAUGUGCUUGAUUGGGCUUGCCUUGCUUAAUAGACCAAUAGAACUGUCUCAAAACUGCAAACCCUACCCAUCUGGCUAGGGCAAACACCCAAAGCAUUUGAAAGAUUUCAAAUAGUACUUUUAACACAGGUCAGACCAAUAGGUGUGAGAGGGCAUUAAUUCUCAGAACACAGGAAACCAUGUAAACCACCCCCCAACAUGUAUUGUAUUUAUCUUGAUUAAAAUAAUGACUUGAGAUGUAGGAUUGGUGGGCAGUGCAGCAGCCCACAGUCUCCUCACCUUAAAGUGGGCAUUGUGAGCUGUGUGUGCGUAUGAAAUCAUGCUAUUAUCAUUUACAUCAUACAUUUCAGAUAGAUGUUCCAAACCCUGGAAACAAGGGUCCAGUAAGAAUGUUUCUGUGAGUAUUGGGACCCGUCCUGUCCCGUUCUGUCUUAUCCUGUCCCGUUCUGUCUUAUCCUGUCUAGUCCCAUCCCGGCCCAGACCGUCCAGUCCUGUCCUUCUCAGUUGCCCUAGCGUGAGACAGCAGAGAUGUUGGCCUAGCAAAAAAUCAUCAAGGAAGAAUGGGAGAAAAUCCCCAAAUCCAGAUCUGCAAAGCUGAUGCAGACAUACUCAAGACUUCUCAAAGCUGUAAUCUCUGCCAAUGGUGCUUCUACAAGUAUUCACACCCUUGAGUCAAUAUUUUAUGUAAAUCAGAUAAUUCUGUAUUUCAUUUUAAAUUAGCAACAAAUUCUAAAAACAUGUUUUCACUUUGUAAUUAUGGGUUAUUGUGUGUAGAUGAGUGAGAAAAAUAAUAUACUUUUUAUUCAGGCUGUAAUACAACAAUAUGUGGAAUUAGUCAAGGGGUGUGAAUACUUUCUGAAGGCACUGUAUACAGUAGGUCUCUUGCUUUCUGAAUCUUUGCCUCUUAAUCACUGUGUUAUAAUGCAAUCCUUCACAGAAGGCCAAUCAUAUGUGUAUAAUAUAAAGACAGUAUUGAAUAUCUAUUAGACAGAAUGUGAAACUAUGGACAAGAUGUAGAUCUAACACUGUAUCUAGGUAACAGAGCACUAUGGGUGCGUUCCAAAUGGCACGCUAUUUCCUAUAUAGUGCACAAUAAAGGGCAUAGGGUGCCAUUUGGGACACUCCAUUGUAUUGGGCUUUAUGCAUUUGCUCAUCAUUCUCAAAUGAAGAUUAAUUUGGUCCUUUUUUCAUUAUUUGAUUUAUUGUGUAUAUUGACUCAAUUGUAUAUUUUUCUUAUUUUCAUCACAAAAUUACCUUUUAUAUAUACAAAUACUAAUAUACCAGAACAUAUACAGUAUUAAAUUAAGCUAUCAAACUUUUGGCAUGCAUUGAAUUCUAGUAUGUAUAAGCUGACUGGCUCAGAGAAUGUUGAAACAAUCUAAGGACUUUAGAUGUUGUCAAAGUCAGCAAUGCACCUUUUAAAGGCAAUAUCCCAACGUUCACAGAGAUCGCAUUCACGGUAAAUGCUGUGGAUGUUGGCACAAGGUGAAUUACCUUUAAAAGUAAAGUGCAGGCCUUUGAUUGAAUCCCGGCCAUUCAGCCUUCCUUACACUCAAUGGUGAGAACAUAUUGCUUACACGUACCUAUCCAGUUCUUCUGAUCUAUGUCUGCGACAGAAAAGGGUAUAAGAAAUUGUCAAGGGCUAGGGACUAGACACUGAAACAGAACCAGCUAGGUGUGUCUCUCACAUAGGAUUUAUCAAAUAAAAAAUGAAAACAUUUCAGGGUUGGCCCAGCAUUUCUGCCAGUGUGGUGCCAGCGUGGCAAACACUAGCAGAAAUGCUAAUAUUUUGUGUUCCAAUUGGAUAUGUUCAGGUAGUAUCUCCUUGUUACACUUUGUUAUAACAUGUUUUUUAAAUGUUUUCUCACUAGCGAACAAAACCCAUCUGCACCACUGAAACCCAUGGGCAGGAAUUCAAACAAAACCCAUCUGCACCACUGAAACCCAUGGGCAGGGAUUCAAACAAAACCCAUCUGCACCACUGAAACCCAUGGGCAGGGAUUCAAACAAAACCCAUCUGCACCACUGAAACCCAUGGGCAGGGAUUCAAACAAAACCCAUCUGCACCACUGAAACCCAUGGGCAUUGAUUCAAACAAAACCCAUCUGCACCACUGAAACCCAUGGGCAGGGAUUCAAACAAAACCCAUCUGCACCACUGAAACCCAUGGGCAGGGAUUCAAACAAAACCCAUCUGCACCACUGAAACCCAUGGGCAGGAAUUCAAACAAAACCCAUCUGCACCACUGAAACCCAUGGGCAGGGAUUCAAACAAAACCCAUCUGCACCACUGAAACCCAUGGGCAGGGAUUCAAACAAAACCCAUCUGCACCACUGAAACCCAUGGGCAGGGAUUCAAACAAAACCCAUCUGCACCACUGAAACCCAUGGGCAUUGAUUCAAACAAAACCCAUCUGCACCACUGAAACCCAUGGGCAGGGAUUCAAACACAACCCAUCUGCACCACUGAAACCCAUGGGCAGGGAUUCAAACAAAACCCAUCUGCACCACUGAAACCCAUGGGCAGGGAUUCAAACAAAACCCAUCUGCACCACUGAAACCCAUGGGCAGGGAUUCAAACAAAACCCAUCUGCACCACUGAAACCCAUGGGCAGGGAUUCAAACAAAACCCAUCUGCACCACUGAAACCCAUGGGCAGGGAUUCAAACAAAACCCAUCUGCACCACUGAAACCCAUGGGCAGGGAUUCAAACAAAACCCAUCUGCACCACUGAAACCCAUGGGCAGGGAACCAAACAAAACAGCCGACAUCCACUGCACUUGACUUAAUUCAUGUUUUAGCCGACAUCCACUGCAUUUACCCCAAAUGCAAUCUCCCCCAACGUCAUUGAAAUGACCUUUAAAAGUAAAGUGCAGUGCGAUGUCAGCAGUGCAUUGUGGUUUGUUUAACAGAGGUAUCUGUCCACUCUUGCUCCUUUCUCUCUGAGAGCUGAAUGUCAGGAAGACAUCUGAAUCAAUCACAUUGUAUCUCCUGUUCAGGUAUUUUUAUACAAAUAAGGGACUGAUAUAUUCUCUGUUCAUUGGAAAUUAGAAUAAAAGGUGACAUUGC